AGCAGCAGCAUCCCGGCCAGCAUCCCGACCAUGGCUCCCGUGCCCUUCCCGGCGGGAUCCAGUUUUCCCGGGAGCGUCCGCAGCUGAGCCGGGAUCCUCGCAGGGAGCCCAGGAAACCCCGGAUCCGGACGAAAACCAGGGGUGCGACACGCUAAUCGGCUGGACAAGAUGCUCCUGCGGAGUUCCGGGAAGUUGAAUCCGGGCAGCAAGAAGGCAGAUGGGGAGAGCACGGCCCCCACCCCUCGCCCGAAAGUCCUGAGGUGUAAGUGCCACCACCACUGCCCCGAAGACUCAGUCAACAAUAUCUGCAGCACGGAUGGAUACUGUUUCACGAUGGUCGAAGAAGAUGAUUCUGGGAUGCCGGUGGUCACGUCAGGGUGCCUGGGACUAGAAGGCUCAGACUUCCAGUGUCGGGACACCCCCAUCCCGCACCAGAGGCGAUCUAUCGAGUGCUGCACGGAACGAAACGAAUGUAACAAAGACCUCCACCCUACGCUGCCUCCGCUGAAAAACCGAGAUUUUGUCGACAACGCCAUCCACCACAAGGCUUUACUGAUCUCGGUGACGGUGUGCAGUCUCUUCUUGGUCGUCCUGAUCCUGUUUUGCUACUUCAGGUACAAAAGGCAGGAGCCCAGAGCCCCCUACAGCAUCGGACUGGAGCAGGACGAGACAUAUAUCCCGCCCGGAGAAUCCCUGAAAGAUCUGAUCCAACAAUCCCAGAGCUCGGGAAGCGGAUCUGGACUCCCUCUGCUGGUCCAAAGGACGAUAGCAAAGCAGAUUCAGAUGGUGAAGCAGAUCGGAAAAGGUCGCUACGGGGAAGUUUGGAUGGGACGGUGGCGUGGCGAAAAAGUAGCCGUCAAGGUGUUUUUCACCACCGAAGAAGCCAGCUGGUUCAGGGAGACGGAAAUAUAUCAGACCGUAUUGAUGCGGCAUGAAAAUAUCUUGGGGUUCAUCGCUGCAGAUAUCAAAGGCACAGGCUCCUGGACUCAGCUGUACCUGAUCACGGACUACCACGAGAAUGGCUCUCUGUACGACUAUCUGAAAUCCACCACCCUGGACAGCAAGGCCAUGCUAAAGCUGGCCUACUCCUCCGUCAGUGGCUUGUGCCACCUGCACACGGAGAUCUUCAGCACCCAAGGCAAGCCGGCGAUCGCCCACCGGGACCUGAAAAGCAAGAACAUCCUGGUGAAGAGAAACGGGACCUGCUGCAUAGCAGACCUGGGUUUGGCAGUGAAGUUCAUUAGUGACACCAACGAGGUGGAUAUCCCCCCCAACACCAGAGUGGGCACGAAACGCUACAUGCCUCCCGAGGUCCUGGAUGAGAGCUUGAACCGCAACCACUUCCAGUCAUACAUCAUGGCCGACAUGUACAGUUUUGGUCUCAUCUUAUGGGAGAUCGCUAGAAGAUGUGUGUCUGGAGGGAUGGUGGAAGAAUACCAGCUCCCCUACCACGAUCUGGUGCCCAGCGACCCCUCCUACGAGGACGUGCGGGAGACGGUUUGCCUCAAGAAACUGCGGCCUUCCUUCCCCAACCGGUGGCGGAGCGAUGAGUGUCUGAGACAGAUGGGGAAGCUCAUGGCCGAAUGCUGGGCCCAUAAUCCCGCCUCUCGACUCACAGCCCUGAGAGUGAAGAAGACGCUGGCCAAAAUGUCAGAAUCCCAGGACAUCAAGCUCUGACUGGUGAAGCCCAGGCCGGCGGGUGUUUCCCUCACGCGGGGCGAAGGAAGAGAGACCCUAAAGACUUUGGACGUGACGGCCGCAGACUCAGACCUCCGGAGACCCCCCAGGGCAAAGUCGGGGGAGUUUCUGGGCCCACAGGCCGAGCCGAGGCCUGAGGGAGACGGCUAUGCUGACACGUCCCUAUCGUUGCAUGUUGCUUUCUGUGAAAGCCCUGUAUUUUGGGAUUGGGUGGGUUUUUUUUUUUUAUAGGAGUCUUGAAUUUCACGAAAAUGCGGCAUCCAGGGAAGAAGCUAAGAAACCUAGAUCACUACAGGAGACUUCCCCGGGGAUCGUGCCUGAAGCGAAAAGCAGAAUUACAUCUUUCUUUUUCUUUCCCGUUUGUUGAAGACUGUCGUACUUUAGGAAGUGAAAGAGGCUGAAGCUCAAGGGAGUCAUCGUGGGAGGUGACUUCCCUCUCCCUUGAGCUGCCGUGAUGGGACCCUCUCCCCCAGCCGUCGGGAGGGAUGGCUGGCACUUGUCCCAGGAAGACCACAUCCCUGGAUUUCCGUGGAGGGUUCGUUCAGAUUCCUCCGAUUUCUGGUACUGCCCGGCCCUGGCUUUGAGGACCAGCCAAAGUCAACCCCAGAGAUGAGUUCGUCCGGAGGAAGGAUGGAGGUGGGAUGGAGCAGAACUGGGCCUAAGUUUCUGCCAACGGGAGCCUCCCGAAGGCGGCCUGGGGGGAGAUGUGACCUUCGUUUUUUCCCCAGCAUGGUCUCUGCCUCUGGAGAGGGGGCGGCCCCUUCCCCCCAGCUUCGUGGGGUAGUUCACAACUUCCUUUCUUAUCAAGGGGAAAGAGA